CUCAGAGAUGUGGAGGCGGUUGCUAAGAGACAGUGAAACGUCAGUUUCUGGCCCUCGAGGAAAAAAAAGAGAGAGAGAAGGAGAGAGAGAGCGAAGGGAGGAGGAGGAGGAGGAGGAGAGCUGGGGAAAGACCUGGUUGAAUUGACAGACUCAGCAGCAGCCUUAUUUGCUGCAAUUUAAUGAGAGACAUUGCAUUUCUCCCAACUUCCCUUGCACCCUCGCCAAUCCCCGGAGAAAAGGACAGACAGAGAACGGGGAAGCAGUGAGAGGCCAAGGAGCAACAGGGGCCACUGGCCAAAGACCCAGGAACACGCGCAAAGGAGCAGGGAGAAGAAAAAGCCAGCUGCUCCAGCGAAGAAGAUGGGGCAGCAAAGGAAGAGGGAAGACACUUGUCUCCAUGAAAGCUGAGCUGAAAAUUUCCCUGAGCUAAAGUUGCACAACCAGACCACGGUCACUGCCUGCUAGGAGAGUGGGAGUGCAUAACAAGCCAAGGAUUACAUCCUUGGGACUACCAGCCCUUCACUUCUUCCCAGCCCUUCAAGCAUUCCAUGAACUCUGAUCUAAUCCCGCACAGCCAGCAGAAGCUACGGCCUCGGAAAAGGCUGCUUUCCAGGCUUAGUCUCUCCUGAUCUUGCCAAGACAUCAGAAGGGAUCUGGCAAAAGCCACUCCAGGAAAUUAUCGGGUGCUUCUGUCUUCAGUCUGAUGCCCAGGAGGCUGCACAUCACCUUCCCAACUCUUGUUUUUUUUGUGAAUGACCUUCCUCUGUUUGGGCUUUAAAAAACCUCAGUGCCUCUGGAAAAAACCCCAGGGCUCCCACACAUUCCCAACAACAGGAACCGGAUUUAUUCUGCUGUUGAAAUAUACCUCUGGUUUCCAGGGGGUUAAAUUUCACUGACCUGAUUCCCAGCUCCAGGAGAAAGACAUCAGUUGUGCUACAUGCCCAGCAGGCAAGCAGCAAAAAGGGGGAAUAAGGACAAGUCUUUUGUUGGCUUGAACUGUCAUCUUCAGCACAUUGAUGAACUGGAUUAAGGAUCCUGGGUUUUAUUUGCUUUUCCUCCACAUUUGGGUCUUUUCACAUUCAAAUGGAGGUGGUAGCCAGAAGGAUUUAGCUGGGACUCCUUCUCCUCUGCAUGUCAUGCCUUAUAAAAGGUGAAGCUCAGACAAAGCCCAGCAAAGGACACCUUUUUCUCCUGGCCUUCUGUUGUGGUGCAUGUGCAGUGGCUCUAAAUUGUGGCUUAGGAUGGUGUUGAGGCUCUGUCUCCCCUGCUCUUCCCAUGCAGCCAGAACGUAGCAUUGCCGUCCUGCAUGACUGACCCCUCAUCUCUGGGCCACCUUCUCCCACCACCUCUCUCCCCUGCUGACUCCUGGCCCUCCCGCCUCUGCCAUGUUCCUGCCAGCCCACUAAAAUGGGCACAGGACAUGUCUGCCCGCGAAGAAAACAGCCGGUGCCCCACCAUCACCCCGCCAUGAUCCUGGGGUCCUUCCUUGUAGCAGUGGCAAUGGCUUUCACCGGUGCCAGUGCCAGCUGCCCUGUUCUCUGCACCUGCCAUAACCAGGUGGUGGACUGCAGUGGACAGCGGCUUUUCUCGGUGCCUCCUGACCUGCCUCUGGACACCAGGAACCUAAGCCUAGCACAUAAUCGAAUUGCAAGCAUCCCCCCGGGCUACCUCACCUGCUAUGCCGAGCUGAGAGUGCUCGACCUGAGGAACAACUCCUUGGCUGAGUUACCCACUGGACUCUUCCUGACUGCCAAGCGGCUUGUCCACCUGGACCUGAGCUACAACAACUUCAGUCAUGUAGCAGCGGACAUGUUCCAAGAGGCCCACAGCCUGAUGAGGAUUGACCUAAGCCACAAUCCAUGGUUGAGGAAGGUGCAUCCCCAGGCUUUCCGGGGGCUGGCCCAGCUCCGUGACCUGGACCUCAGCUAUGGAGGGCUGUCCUUCCUCAGCCUUGAAGCCCUCGAAGGCCUCCCAGGGCUGGUGACCUUGCAAAUUGGGGGUAAUCCCUGGGUGUGUGGCUGCACCAUGGAGCCACUCUUGAAGUGGCUGAGGAACAGGAUCCAGCGCUGCACAUCAGAUUCCCAGCUGGCUGAGUGCCGAGCCCCCCCAGAAGUUGAAGGUGCCCCCUUGUUCUCACUGACAGAGGAGAGUUUCAAGGCCUGUCAUCUGACCUUGACAUUAGACGAUUAUCUCUUCAUUGCCUUCGUGGGCUUUGUGGUCUCCAUUGCUUCCGUGGCUACCAACUUCCUGUUGGGCAUCACCGCAAACUGCUGCCACCGCUGGAGCAAAGCCAGUGAGGAUGAGGAAAUAUAAGAUAGUUCCUCCUGCUUUUUUGCUGCCUGAGAAAAACCCUAGAGGAUCAGGGCCUCCCUGGCUGGCGAGGGCACCGAGCCUAACUAUGCUCCGCCAUGAUUCAUGCCCCCUCUGUUUAGUCCUGGUGCUGUUGCAGACUACUCUGUGCUUCAACCCCUUCUGCAAUCCAGUGUGGGGACCAGUCCUUCUCUACCCUCAAGAUUUAUCUAAUCCCAAGGCUGCUGUCACCAGAAGAAUGAGGCCUCCAAGUGCAGGGAUAUCUCACUGUGCCUUGUACUAGCCCCUUUGCACUGGCAGAGACAUUGGAAACAGCCAACAAGCCAAGGCCUGACAGAUCAUGAAAUACAGGACCUUCCAAACCAGGUCAUCCCCACUGUAUCCCCUACACACAACUACAACAUGCAAAACUCACACACUUGUUCUUGUACAACACCUGCCAACAAGUUGAAGGUACUCCACCUGAGGGACCUGUGGCUCCCAGGUUUAUUAAGAGUUGGAGUUCUUUUCUUUUUUUUUUUUUCUUUGUAUUAAUUAGGAAAAUAAUAUAUCACAGGCCUCAAGUGAAUUUUCACAAAUGCAGCUCUCCAAGCAUGGACAGCUACAGGCUGUGCAUUUUUUUCAUGGCUGUAGGACCUAUGGCCUCAGAAAUCAUAGAGCCCACCUAUUCUGCCCAUGUAUUUAGUAGCUGUGGGCUUGGAAACCAUGGUCCCCCAGGCUGUAAAACCACCAAGAGUCCUGAGAUGAAACAUCCUAAUAGGCCAUAGAGUCCUACCAUAGUCUAAGCUCUGCAUUCAGGCAGGUUCUGCUCAUCAGAGUCCUGCCCUUGAGGCACACAGCAGUGGCUGGUUGGAGGUUGUGGUAGUCAAGGCUCAUCUGUUUUCUGGGUGACCCUUUACUAGAAAUGUGUCCAGUGGUGGUCAGGUGCUCUGUUUAGGUGCCAGUGGAAUUUCUGUCUUGAUGUAGUUUGGUUUCAGCAGAGUUGAGAAGUCCCAGGCAAUAGAUUGAAGUUGUGCAAUGACUGGACAAGGGGCAGAGAGAUACAGGGUAAGGAGCUGCACUGGCAAAUCUGUGUGGUAGCCCAACCCUCAAAUAACAAGGAAGACCAGACUUGGGAAUAGAGAAGCAUCAACAGAGCUGUGUGUAUGAGGUCGGGUAGGAGCCCAGGGCUGGGCCAGAAGUGGGCUACGGGUCAGCAGUAUAAGCACUGGCAGAGUUUUGGAGUCCAGGUCCAGGCAAGCAGAGGGCUGCAUGCUGGUAGUGAGAAGCACUGACUGAGAUGUGGGCAGGGACCCCAGAACCAGAAUUGCAGGGAUAGUGUAAGUUGGGACUGAAAACCAGAGUGUGAAAGAGCCUCAGAGAAUAAAGAAGAAGCUCAAGGCUGGAACAGCAGGUGGUGCUGCAGGUCAGGAUUUAACGUGGUGCACCAGUACUAGUAGAAGGUGCCAGGAGAAGUACAGGUACAUCCGGUUGGUGACACUCUCACUGACAGACACACUGACCAGUCAGAACAAUUGGCUUCCUCGCAUCACAGACAUUUAAAAUAAAUACAAUCACCGAUUUAAAAACAGAUAUAUAUGCUUGGAAAAAAGAAAAGGAGAGAAAGACUCUACUUUAGCCUAGCAACUUGUCAGAUUAAUCUUUCAUUCUCCCAGCCAGCCAGGCAUUUUUGAAGCAUUGGGAAAGCAUUAAUCACUCAUCUCCAAAUCCCUCUGUGGUAGGUACUGGCCUUGCCUUUCAGAUGGGAAAACUGAGGUUCCAAGAGAUUGAUGUGACUUUAUUCAUGCCCCACAGCAAUCUACUGGCAGAGCGAGGGAUAGAAGAACCCAGGACACCCAGCUCCUUGAAUUUCACAUGAAGCACUGCACAUGUAACCGUCAAUCCAAACCAUAUCAAGAGCAUUGAGGGCAGCAAGUAACCUUUGUGACUAGACUCAGCAUUACAGUUGGAGAAAACUUUGCUUUCAGAUGGAUUCAGAUGUGUCACUGACAUUUCAGGAAAUGGCACAAAGAGCUGACUCUAAAGACAAUGUUCCCAGAGAGGGAACACGCUUCUAGGCCUAUAACCUUCUCCUAGAGAUCUCUGUGUGUUCUAACGUAUAGCUAACAUGCUUUGAGACUUACACCUUUUUUAUUUUUUGCAUAGAACUAGGACCAAACCAGAUGCCAAAUGCGACUGGAAUGCCGGUGAGCUUUCCAGCUUUCAUCAUUCAGUUUUGCCAAUGCUGGAAAGUUAGGAGGCAAAAAUCUGUCUGUACAGGACAGAUUCCUUUAAGCAGUUAGUUUCUAUGUGGUUUGCAGAAGUAUCUGCAGCUGAUCCAAACAGGGCUAAAAAAAUAGAAGCCUCUAAUUGCAGGGUAGAUUUACAUUCUGUUCUUGUUUUCCUAUACAACCUACCCCACAUAAGUUUCCUGUUGUCUCCUUGUCAAGACCUGGAAAGAGCACUUAGGUAAAUGUAGCAGUUCCCUGAUAAAAAUUGUUUGCCCUCCUUUAGUCAAAAGACCCUUUGGUAGAUUUCUUCCAAGUCUGAAAAGUGUGGUUUUGCUCUGGAAAGCACAAUCUCAAAAUGGCAUCUUCUUGCUCGGCUGACCCAUUGCUUGGGUAUAUCAGAGUAAGAUCUGCCAUGGGGCCUUCAGUGAGCUUGGCCUACUUUUUUGUAACUCUUAGCCUACAAAGUGGUGACAGGCAAGAAAAAGCAAGCUGGGUUCUCUCCCUUCCUUUGAGAAUUGUUUUAACUGAGCUAGAUUUUUUUAGAGACUCGUGUGGUUCCCACUAGUGCAGUAGCUGAGUGUGCCUUUCAGUCUUUGCUGUGUUUUGUGUUGUGGAAGCACCAAGAAGGGAUGGAGGUGGGGGCUAAAGGUCUCUCCACCUCAGCAGCAGAGUGUUUAGUCCAGCUGCCAAGAAAAUAAGCUGCACCCAUUGACAUCAAUGACAGAAGUGAGGUAGCCCUAGGAGGAUGGGGAGCCAAGAAUGCUUGGAACCCAGAUCUUGAGCACAGUGCCAGGGGUACCCCUCACAAUGGCAUCAUCAGCUCAGUUCCCAGAGUUGGCACAAAUGGAGCAGCAAUGGAUGGGCAGGGCUUAUUCCCUCAGCAUCAUGACUGAGCACUGCAAAAGCAGUAGGGAUAUACCCACACAAGGACUCGACCAAGAUUUUGAUAACCAAGCAGGGAAUUGGCCCCACCUCACAGGUAAACAGUGUAACUUCUGGAUGGCACUACCCAUAGGCACUGCCCAUAGCCUAACUUUUGGAUGGCAGUCACCAUAGGCUUGCAUUCCCUUUGACAGCAUUGGGGGCUGCACAGGAGGUUGUGAGAGCAGAAUGCAUCUGACAAGUCUUUUCUUACUGCCUGGAAUUUGAAAAAAACUCCUCUGUCCAGCUUUUGAGGUAGGAAAGGUCCUCAUCAUAGAAAAGAGAAGACUGAUUAAAAGUGCAAGGAUGCAAGUAGGCUGAAACAGACUAAAAAAUGGACCUAGAGGUGAGACAUGGGGUGCCUAUAUGUCCCAUUUGGGCUGGGACAGCCCCAGAUUUUGUAGGUUGGUUCCAGCUGGUUGCUGAAAAUUUAAACAGAAGUCCCAGAAUUGCAGGAGUGCAGGACACAGUCUAGUGGAGAGGCAUGGAGGCAUGCUGAGCCAGGCGGGCGGGUGGGCAGGCACCACUGCUGCUGUACGGGAGCAAGGUGGGCAGACUAGAAUGGUACCCAGCCUAGCCUGAUCCCCACCUCCAGCCACUGUACCAGAGGAGCCAGGCCAGGCAUGUGCAGAUAGGAUGGCGGCUGCUCCAGUCCAUCUGCCUUGCUCCUGCACAGCAGUAGCAGUGCCUGCCUGCCCACCUGCCUGGCACACCAUGCUACUCUGCCUCCACACUUAACUAUGCACCGUGCCUCUGCCUGCAGCAGUGCCACUGACUUUGGCGGGAAGGGGGGAGGAAGGGCAGUGUCCUGGAUUUCCUUCAAAAGAAUAUGGUCGCCCUAGACAUAGAAGAGGGGACCCUGAACAGCAACCCCAGGAAGAGACAGAAGGAGUCAAUAAGCCUAUUCUUUCCACUGGCAUGUGCAGCCAAGGUUAAGGAACAUGGAAAGAACCCAAUUUGGCAUCUCAGCUCUUGGGGCUGACCCUGGAGGGCUAAUACCUAGAAGGGUAUAUGAACUGGGUACAGAUGACAGAGACUCACCCUAAGGCAAUGAAAAUAGACCCACCCCUCCCUCACACCUCCCACUGGUAUUUUAACAUUUUAACAGAGGCGUAUUCCAAAGCAGAUCCAUGCCUUGAGUUUAAAUUUUUUUAACUGUGUGUUCAGUGCAUGUAGGUACAGUAUUUAUGUAUGUGUGUAUGUGUGUGUGUGUGUGUGUGUGUAUGUUCAUAUGUGUGGUUUCAAAAAUGUGCCAAGCUCAGAGCAUUAGCCUCCAGAUGAAGGGAACCAGCUGGCCCAGCAUCUUUUGUGCUCUUAGGCUGACACCAUCACCUGUUUCUGCAGUGUCUGACAGCUUCUUCCAUUCAAAUGCAUAGCACAAGGGGCAGUCUUCUGCAGAGCUCUUGAAUCCUGAAUGGAGCCCAAGGGCCAGAUUUUCAAAGGUGCUUAGUUGCCCAGAGGCUGCACACAAGUGCUUAAUGGGAUUUUGAAAAUUACUUAGUGCUUUUUAAAAAGCCCAUUAGGCACCUCUCUGAAUCUUUAGGCCCCAAAAUGCAUUUGAAAAUGUGGUUUCAAUACCUUUGGAAGUAGGUACUGGCUGGGGACACCAAACAGGAGAGGUUUUAUGAUAUGAGGUUGCCUGUAAUAGCAAGAGGCUUGACUUAGUCCAGGCACACCUUUCUAGUCCUGACUGGGAGGCCAUGACAUUAUUUGACUAGACACCACGGAGAAAAAGACCAUAUAAAAACCAGAAGGGGUUCGCAAACUUUUCCAUCUAGUGGCUCCACAGGUAGCCAUUCAGGUCCAGUUCUCUCCAGAUGUUUUCUAUAGCCUUUACUCUAUUCCCCCUUAGGAGAAAGAGCAGGAAUUGGUGCAGUGUAGCAGCACCUGAGAUAGACGAGGGAGGGCUUGAUUAUGUGGCUGAUGAACUCAAUACAGGUCUUAGACAAAUUUGCCACAUGAUCCAAGACCCUCCCCACUGCAGUAAUCCUCAUUCCUUGUAAAGGAGCUGGCCAAAAUUGUUUUAACAAAUUCAUUUCUCUUUAAAAAAGCCUUUGUUCUCCCCAAAAAGACAAACAUUUCAAAUCCAUUUUUAUGAAGCCCCAAAAUGAGAAAAUUUGGGUUUGAAGUUUUUCUUUUUCUGUUUGCCCCUCCUGCCUCCUGUAGCAAAAAGGAAAAAAAGGAAGAAAGUGAGAAAAGUGAAAUCCCAAGUAAAGCAAACACUAAACACUUUCAAAACCAAAAAGUUAUUUAAGAAUUUAUAAAAAAAAACUCUGCUCGUUUACAAAAUGUUCUCUCUCUUUCAAAGAAACACAACAAUAGGAUUGUCUUUGUUUCUCCCUUUCCCCACCUAUUCCAUCCCUCUUUUCCUCAGUGGGAAAUUAAAGAUGAAAAGGGGAUGGAGGGGGAAGAAAGUAAAAAAAUAAAAUAAAAAACGAAAGGAAAGGAAAGCAAAGAAACUAAAAUGUCAAAAAAUGGUCAAUUAAAAAUGAGAAAGAGAUUGAAAUACUUUUGGCCCCAAAUUCUGACCAUGUGUUCAACCUCUUGGAUUCAGAGAGAGUUCCUGUUGUUGCUACAUCAUCGUAAGAAUUAAGGAAGUGUUGAGGGGCAAGGACCAGCAGAGCUAUUUUCCUGAGUGCUGUUGGUGCUGCAAUAUCCCUAAUCCAGGGAGUGAGGUAUCCUGUUAAUAUCUUGGAAGACGUGCACUAUCAGUGCUACAGAAAUGACCCCUUGGAAGAGGCUGCAUAAUGGACAUUGCUGGGUGGGAGUGCGCUUUAGCCAUGAAGCUGGCUUUCCUUUUCUUUCCCCCAUUUUUUCCCCAUUCUUUGGUUCCUUCGUUUUCUUUCUUUUUUCCCUCCAAGCAGAUGUCCUGUGCCGUACUGAGUGUUUGUGGGUGGGGAGGGGGAAGAUGAAAAUCUUUGUACGGAGAAGAUUUUAUAAACGUGAACUUUUGUAACUGUGAGACUUUUUCAUAAAUGUAUAUUAAUAAUAAAGAGUGAAUAGUUUAAUCCAGAGUCUGGCACUGUGAGGCAAGGUCAAGACAAAUGGGAAAUAAAGAGGAGUGUGUGUAUGUCUGUAUGCAGCUAGAGUCCAGUCCUGGCUAUACCACUGACCUGCUGGGUAACCUUGGGACAGUCACUUUGCCACUUUAUGCUGUAGUUUGCUUAUCUGUAAAAUGGGGAGAAAGACAGUGACCUCCUUUACAAAGUAGUUGGAGAUUUACUGAUUUCAACUUGGGGGCUGCAAGAGCUGAGUACCAAUGUUCCCAUGGUACCAGGCAGCACCAUGUUGAGAUUCCAGGAUGCUUCACAUGAACAACUUUCCAAACAGGCAGCAGCAGAACUGCUUUCAUGCAGUGCUACAGGCUGAUGAGCUAAUUAGCCCAAGCCAGCUCCAUGUGAGCAGAGCAAUGCUUCUUCCAUUCUGGAGCUAGGAUGUGUAGAACUCGCUUAGAGGCAUGGCUGAGAAGGUGACUGCUAGGGAAAUGGUCUGGAGGCUGUGGAAGGGGAGGUGGACCAUGAACUGCAGGAUGUCAGGACAGGUAGGAGUGGAGAGCAAUGGGAUUUAGAGCCUUAGGGUGUGGAGGUAGACCAUGGGGCUGUGCAGGGCUGUUGAGGGCAGUCUGCAGGAUCAGAAGAGCUGAGAAACACUGUCCUAGAAUAUUUGUAAGAGCAAGAAAAUAGUGUGUCUUCUGCAUGUGCGUAUGAUUGUGACGUGCGUCCCUGCAAUACAAGGACUGUGUCUGUUACCAGAGUGCAUAAUUGCACAUGUGAGUGCACUUGGGUGUGUGCGUCCAUAUCUACAACAUACAUGUAAGUCAGAGCAGAAGUAUGUGUAUGUGCAUACAAGGGAGCAUCUGUGUCUGCCAUGAUAAGCAUAAAUUUAUGGUGGUGGAGAUCUGGGAAUGUGUGUGCGUAAUGUAUGUGUGUGCAUGCACACAUGCAGGACAGUGCAUGUAUGUUUCUGCUAUUUUUGUAUGUGUAUAUGUUGACUUUCACCCACAUCAUAAAGUGUGCUUUUGUAACGGUG